AUGAGGCGGUACUUAGUGGAAAUGACGCCAGUGGAACCGUUAGCAGAGAACCGCACGCGGAGAGUGGACCCGUUGCAGCAUUUCCAGUACUACGAGGGCGGGUGGGACCCCAGCAGCAAGGACUACUGGGCGGUAGCGCUCUCUCUAAUCCGUCCUCUUCCCUGCCCUAGCCUCUCCUCCCUUCCUUUCUUCCUCCCUUCCUUUCUUCCUCCAUCAUCCGUCACCCCCUCUCUUCUCCCUGUCCCUCUCUUCCUUUCCUCCUUCCCUUCCAUUCUUCCCCCAUCCCUCCACUUCCACCCCCACACCCAUUCUCCCCCAAUCCCUCCUCCCCCCCGCCCAUUCGCCCCCCAUUUCUCCCCCCACUUCCCCAAUUACCCCCCAGUCCGUGGCAUGGGCAGGGAUCUACGGCCUCGUCGUGGGGGCGGCAUGGGUCGUACUCGGUAUAAGCAUCCUCGCUUUCGCGCUCUGCGCGUGCCUCUUCUGCCGCAAGCGGUGGAAGGCCCGUCUGGACGGCGACCAGCCUCAAUACACGCCCUUCCAGAUCCGCGUGCCACUUGCCGCGCUGCUAUUGGCUGCAGUCGUCAUCCUGUGAGUGUGCCACUUGCCGCGCUGCUAUUGGCUGCAGUCGUCAUCCUCUGCCCGCGUCCCCUGCUCGCUCCCUGUGUCAUCCAGGGUGGGGACGGUGCUGUUGGUGGCGGGGGGGACGCUAUUUCACGGCUCAGCACCUAUCACAGCACCACGCAGUUCACCUAUCACAGCACCUAUCACAGCACCACGCAGUUCACCUAUCACAGCACCACGCAGUUCACCUAUCACAGCACCACGCAGGUGGGCUUCGCACUGCUAGUGGCGGGAGGCGUGUUAUUCCACAGCACCUAUCUCAGCGCCACGCAAUUCACCCUCGCCACCACACAAGCCCUCGUGGGGGCCACUCACAACCUCUCAGCCGCACUGCAAUGCUCUGCCAAUACCACGCUCUUUGAUGCUGUGAUUCCCAGUAAGGCCAUACUAUUCUCACUUGUCUGUUCCAAGGUGCGUUUUGAGUCGACUCAAAAGUCAUCUCGUUACAAUGGCACACGACACAUUCUCUGCCAAUACCACCCUCUUUGA